AAUAAGUGUUUUAGGAAUUUAGUGGCAUAUACAUAACUGUAAAAUCGAUCAUAUCAAUGAUCGCUGUGGGAAUUGUGCAAAAAUGAGCAUUCGAAAGUAUUUCAUAACGUUGUUAAUACUUCUACAAAUAUAUAACAUCGUUAGUGAUGAAUUCAAUGAACAACCUCAAAUUUACACCAAUGACGGAAAAUUAAUAUUUCAUGCUGUACCUAAUCGAAAUAUCACACUUCGUGUUAAAGGUGAAGGAAGUAUUUUUCUUAACUCAGUGAAUGUUUUGAAUAAAGUGAAAAAGAAAAGGGCCCAGCUCCGGCCGGCACAUCAUGAAGAUAUGUUAACUUCUGAAAGUCUGCGUUCAUUAUUAACUACAUUCCAAUCGGAUUUAAGAUCGUUGGGCCUACGCUUCGCCAGCUUGCAAAAUCGGACGCGUGGACGAGGUCAGUCAAUAAAUCUUCGUCGUAAUUUGGGGCGUUUACAACGCACUCAAGAUCGUAUCGCGCGAAUAGAGAACAUCGUUCUGAAAAAUGAAUGCGAAGAUAAGAGUGACAAUGGUACGAAAUGCAAGAAUGGUGGUACCUGUUACGAUGGCUACAAUGACUUUCACUGUGAAUGUUCAAAUGGAUGGACUGGGAAAACUUGCGAAGAAGAUGUGGACGAAUGUUAUUUGUAUGCAGGUACUGAUUUGGGCUGCCAAAAUAACGGAGACUGUAUUAACACAAUGGGAGGUUUCAGUUGCUCAUGUCAUAACGGGUUUUAUGGCACGCAUUGCCGGAUACGUAAGGCAGUCUGUGAGGAAUCUGGCAAUGGAGAAUUGUGUGGUCAUGGAACAUGCGUGUAUGCGAACAACGAUGCUGGCUACACAUGCAUCUGUGAUCAGGGUUGGACUAAGAAUAAAGUAGUACCGGAAGCAGCUUGCAAUAUAGACAUAAACGAAUGUGAAGAAACAACUAAUCCUUGCCAUAGUGAAUGCAUCAAUUUACCGGGCAGUUUCAAAUGUGCUCCAUGUCCCAUGGGCUAUACUGGCAAUGGUUUAUUUUGUGCCGAUAUUAAUGAAUGCUCUGCUAAUAACGGUGGAUGCAGCAUGCAGCCGAAAGUGUCAUGCAUUAAUUCAGAGGGAUCAUACCACUGCGGAAAUUGUCCAUUGGGUUGGAAAGGUGAUGGAAAAAUAUGCGAGAGCACGGCUCCAGAAAGUUGUGAAUCCAAAGGCAUAUGCUAUAGCGGAGCUAAGUGUGAAUAUAUUUCAAACACAGUUGUCUGCACCUGCCCGUCAGGCAUGUACGGUCAUGGAUUUGGUUCUUCUGGUUGCAGCUUACAGUCAUUUACAGAUCCUUGUACGAAUCAUACAUGUCAGAAUAAUGCAACUUGUGAGGUAGUCGGAAGUGGCACACGAUGCUUUUGUGAACCCGGAUUCAUGGGGCCUACAUGCGAUAAACCCGAUGCUUGUCAAUCUAGCCCAUGCCUAAAUGGUGGCACAUGUACACUCUUAUUAAAUAAUAAAUACCGAUGUUCUUGUCCUCGUGGAACCACCGGUCCAUAUUGCGAAAUAGUUAGAAGUAUUUGUGGAUCCAUAAUACAACAACGUUCCGGAGUUUUAUCUUACCCUCCUAAUGAUGGGGAUUACUUGCCAAAUGAACGAUGUGCCUGGAUAAUACGUACUAAUAUUGCUCAAAUAUUAAAUGUAACCUUUAGUAGAUUCGAAUUGGAACCAACCACUGAUUGCAACAAGGAUUGGCUUCAGUUGCACGAUGGCCGUUCCCUAGCUUCAAGAUUGAUUGGGAGAUUUUGUGGAAACUCUUUGCCUUUGGGCGGAAAUAUACAAACUUCUCAAAAUGCAUUGUUCUUCUGGUUUCGUUCUGAUAAUGAAACGACUGGCGCAGGUUUUAAUUUAACCUGGACUUCUAUGAAUUAUACUUGCGGUGGAGUGAUGGCACUCGAAGUCGGAGCAAAUGGAAUAAUACGUUCGCCUGGUUAUCCAGGAAAUACGCCACCUAAUCGAGAGUGUGAAUGGAGAUUGGAUGCACCAUUCGGAUACCGAUUCCUUUUACGAUUUUACGAAAUUAAUUUAGGUAGUGCAAGAGAGAAUAACUGUACCCGAGACAAAGUAACGAUAUAUGAUUCGGAUUUAUUAUUAAGAUCAGUAUGUGAACCAACUCUGGUGGAACCAUUGCAUUCUUCUUCCAACGCCAUCCGACUACAAUUUCAUACCGAUUCUAUCGGAACAGAUAGCUUAUUUCAGUUGCACUACGAAGUUUUGCCGGCUACACCUAACUGUGGUGGUAUAUUUUCGGAGCCAUCAGGAGAAAUUGCUGGCUACAUUAACGGCCGCGUUUGUUCAUAUUUAAUACAACAACCAAUGGGUACAAAAAUCAAUCUGAAUUUCACUAAAAUUGACCUUCUAAAAUCCGAAGGUUGUUAUUUACAAAAAAUUGAAAUUUUCGAUGGAAAUACAGAUGAUGCCAAUCUGCUCAAGCGGCUUUGCGGAUAUCAGGAAAAUGGUGAAUUGGUAACAUCCAGCGGCAACGUAUUAUUAAUACGUUAUGAAUACCUGUUACCCUCAUUCAGUUUGCCAAAGAACUUCGAAGUGAAAUAUACAAGAGUUUGCAAUAGUGAAUUUGUAAACACUGAUGAAGGCAAGUUCACAACACCAAAUUAUCCACAUUUGUAUUAUGAGCAUAUGGAAUGCACUUUUAUCAUACGAGGACCAGCAAACACCGUCGUACACAUUAAUUUUACGGACUUUUCGAUAAGCAAAAAUGAUGCACGUCAGGAGGUCGAUGACGCCUCCCCAUCCUUGCUGAGUAAUAACACAUCGUUUAGUGAUGAUGAAACGUUUGUUGAUGUUUAUUUAUCGAAUAACAAUAAACGUCGUUAUUAUGAAGGGACAUUCCUCCAUCUGGUAUCAGAAAAAAAUGUUAUGCGCAUAGUUUUUCAUGGUGGCACCAAUAAACAAAAAGGCAGAGGAAUACGUGUUGAAUAUCAUUUUGAAAGAUUGAAUUGUGGAGGCAUUUUAACGGGAGAUAGCGGUCAAUUCCAUCAUAUAGCAAAUACCCAACAUAUGGAAGAGGAUUGUGAAUGGGUGAUCGAAGCACCACCAGGAAAACACAUUCAACUGAGUGCACACUUUUCACAUUGGAAUUUAUUUAAAUGUGAUCCAGGCGAUGCAGAUAUUGACAUUUAUUCCAAUGAUACUUCCACUAAAGGUCAACUUUUGAUGAGUUUUUGUCAGCAAACAAAAGAUAUAAAUGAAUCGUUCCACACAAAAACCAUCACUAUAAUUUUACAUAUGAGGCGCAAAAUACGUUCCCUUGUUAACCUUUUUGUCAACUUUAAAGCAAUUGAUAACAACGCGGGUUGUGGUGGGAAUUUUACCGCGAGAUACGGAGUUCUGAAAACACCAUCCUGGCCAGGAAAUUACGAUGAUUCAAUGGAUUGUACUUGGAUUAUAAGUGCUCCAAUCGGUCACCAAAUAGAACUUGUUGUAAAGAAUUUCAGUGUAGAAACCACAUCAAGCAAUUGUAACGAUGAUUAUUUAGAGAUCAGAAAUGGUAAAAGUUCAACAUCCCCACUGAUUGGCAAAUUCUGCGGAAACACUAUACCCGCACGGUUACCAUCCUUUACAAAUUACAUGUAUCUACAUUUCGUGUCCGACUCAUACAUUUCCGACAAGGGAUUCUAUCUUACUUGGCAGCAAACUGAGACGGGUUGUGGUGGUAAACUCAAUUCAUAUACUGGUUCAAUACAUUCUCCUCACAAUUCUGAUGUAAAUGCUGGAACAAUAUCUUGCGAUUGGCUUAUAACUGUUGCUAGAGGAUCAGCAAUAACAGUAUAUAUUACUGUUACCGGAGAUUACUCCAAUUUAUGCAACCAAAAUGUUUUAGCUGUAUAUGAUGGACUAACCGCGAACGGUCCUCAAUUAAAAUUCAAUUGUACUCUUAGUACUGCCUUUCAGUUAACAACUACUUCAAAUCAGGCGUUGAUAACAUAUAACUUUGAUAAAAGUGAUGUUGAAAAUGGCUUGCAGUUCUUCAUCGAUUACGAAACUAACUGUAAUAUUAAACUUGACAACUUACAGGGCGUAAUAGAAUCACCAAAUUUUCCCGACAAUUAUCCUCCAAAUUUAAAUUGUUUAUGGGAUGUACACGGCGGUCAAAACAAUAAAUUUCAAUUAAUAUUUUCGCAUUUAGAUAUUGAAAUUCGAGAUGAAAUUUGCGAUUUCGACUACGUAGAUAUUAUUGAUUUGCGAAACGAAGAUGUACUUUCCAAUCAGCAUUUGUGUUCGAAACCUCAUAGAUCCAUUACAACUGAAGGCAAUCGGUUUCAAGUAAAAUUCGUGACCGAUUACUCUGAACAUGCGAAAGGUUUUAGGUUGGAGUACAAACGCAUUGGUUGUGGACACAAAUUAUCAACAAAUUAUGGAGUAAUAGAAUCACCCAAUGCACCUUAUAGCAUCAAUAUGAACUGUGAUUGGUAUAUUGAAGUUCAAGCUGGCAAAAAAAUUGUUCUCAACUUCGAUGAAAUACACAUUGAAACUAAAGGAGGAGACUGCACUGAGGAUGGUAUUAUUGUUUCAGAUGAAAAGAAUUCCACUAGUUAUAUUUUGAAGGAGUGUCGUAUAGAUCAAGUGCCCGUUACAGUGACAUCAGCGGCUAAUCACUUAUACAUUCAUUUUUAUACGAGUAGUACAAGGUCAAGGAAAUAUAUAUCCGCCACUUAUAACACUCGAGAAUCCUCAUGUGGUGGAACCUUCCGCGGCAAUAGCGGACAAAUAAAAUACCCGAGUAUUUCAGAUGUCUCUGGUAUAAAUACAGAAUGUGUCUGGCAAAUUAUAGUCGAUAAUAGUUAUGGAAUAAAUUUGGCAUUUGAUGCUUUCAAUAUCAGCUGUAGUGGUACCUUUUUGAGUGUGUGGAAGCCACUUGGUGAUACAGAUCAACUUCUACAAAAAACUUGUGGAAGCAUAUUACCCGAAACUAGAUGGAUACAAAGCAAUCGUCUGAAAGUUGUUUACAAAGCGGGUGCAGAUGGUUGGGGAGCGUUCGCUUUCAAAUUCAAGCGGGCAUGUGGAGGCUAUUUAAAUGAUACUUCUGGUUAUAUAAAAUCUCGUUGGGAUGAAAAUUGUGAAUGGAAAAUUGAAUCGGCAGAUUCAAAGAUUUUCCUCAAUAUACUCCAUUUGGAAUGCGAUUGUUCGAAACAAGCAAAUUGUACCAGUGGCUUGAGAGUAGGUGUUUUAAUGGAUGGAAAUGAUGAAAGCAAAUUAAAUGAAUAUUGCGAUUCUCAUCAGUCUAACAUUAUACUAUCAACAAGUGCUGUGUAUAUUUAUGCAACGAAAAUUGAAUUUAAAGCCAAAUAUAGCAUAGUGCAAAAUUCAUGUGGCGGUACCGUAACAUCGAUGCGAGGUAUAUUGACUUCACCAUACUAUCCUCAAUCAUAUCCAUCAAAUGUUGAAUGCAUAUGGGAAAUAGUAGCGUCCUCAGGAAACUACAUUGAGCUGGAUAUUGAUGAAAUGGAUAUUGUGGCAUCCGAAAACUGUAACCAAGACUUCUUGGAAAUACGACAGAAAAACGAGCUUGGGAAGAUUGUCAGCUUAUAUUGCUCUAAUGAAACUGUAACCGAUAAAAUAACUAUAUUUGAGAGAGUUUGGAUCAAAUUCCGUAGUGUAGAAGGAAAUACGGCGAGAGGUUUUAAGCUACUGUGGAAUUAUGCUCAUUACAGUGAACUAAACAGCAGAGUGGGUUCGAUCGAGGCACCCCCUUUAAAUUCCAUUCGUAAUAAGGAAGCAUACACAUGGAGAAUUCUAUUGCCUAGAGGAAGUUUUAUUUAUAUCGAAUUCAAAGAGUAUAAUAGGGGCUUAAGAUUGUAUGAUGGUUUCGAUGACUCGGCCUUGGAGAUACCAAUACCCGUUUCUCCCUGGCAAUAUACAUCAAGUAGCAAUGUUUUAUAUUUAAUAAGUAAUAAUGAAGAGUUGGAAGCAUUUAAAAUUAAUUGGAAAACUGUGAACAAUAGCGUCACACAAACCAACUUAACAACAGGUGCCUGCAACAAUACAUUUGUUAUAAGUUAUAUAAAUCGCCUAAAUAUAUCCUCACCUGGCUAUCCCAACGAUUAUGCUAAUGAUUUGGACUGCGAAUGGGUAAUAAAACCAGAAGAUCCGACGGAGCAUAUUGUUUUGAGCAUAUACGACGUUAAGCUCGAAACUAAUGGAGAAUCAGAUUACUUGCGCGUUUUUUCAUCCCCAAACUUAAGAAACUGGCAUCAAGAGCUGAAUAUGUUUGAUAGCAGAAACAAGUCUAUACUGCCAAUUAAAGUUGUGCAUGGCACCCCAUAUUUGAAAGUGGUAUUUCAUUCUGAUUAUAGCGUGACUAACACUGGUUUUACAGCAUUGGCUAGAACUGCUUGCGGAGCAAAUAUGACCGGACUAACAGGGCAAAUACUGGACAGAAGAGCCAUUCGCUCUUGGAGUUCAAAUACAGAGUGCUUCUGGCACAUUGAAGCGCAGACUGGAAAGCGGAUCGCCUUAAACUUUAAUUUCGGAAAACGUGUCGUGCCUAAAACGCAGACAUGUCGGCAAUAUGCAAUUGUAUACGACGGUUUUGAUGAUAAUGCACCCAUAUUAACACCUGGGCGGAUAUGUAACCAGGAGGGUCGAAAUGUUAAAAGUAUUAAGUCAUCAAAUAACCGAUUAACAAUUAAAUACAAUCUCAAUUGGACUAAUCCAUUUGAGAUGGAUUUCGACUUUAAUCUGACUUAUCAGCAAGUCGGAGGUUGCGAAACAGAAAUACAGCUAACUCAUUAUCUAACUUCAGUUAAUAUAAGCUCACCUAACUAUCCCAAUGUACCAAACCCACAUACGGAAUGCAAUUGGAUUAUAGUCGGUCCCAUUGGUGAAAUAUUACAAGCAGAAUUUAUAGAACGAUUUAGCCUUAAUACGCGAUAUUGCGAUAAGGAGUAUAUCGAAUUUUUUGAUGGAUCCACGGAAUUAUCACAUAGUUUUGGACGUUUUUGUACAAAACCAAAUCCAAUACGCUCUACUGGAAAUAUUCUUCGUUUGCAUUAUUUAACUGACAUAAAUGAACCACGAAACGGAUUUCUCCUAAAUGUAUCUAUAGCGAACUGUGGUGGAAUUUAUACAGGCUUAAUUGGAGAAAUCUCAUCAAAAGGUUACCCAGGGCCUGGCGCUUAUCUAAAACCCGCCAUUUGUGAAUACACAAUAAAAAUGCCAAUUCCAUCCAGAAUACGUUUAAAUUUCAGUGAUUUUGAUUUACCUUUCGAUGCCAACAAUUUGAACCGUUCCGAUCGCAUUGAAAUAUUCACAGUGAGAGAGAACACCGAAACGAUUGCUGUUUUAUACGGAAAUGCUACUGUUUUGCCUAUUUUAGAAACCGAUUACAACGUUGUAACCUUACGUUUCAUAACGUUUGCUGGCAGUCAUUUACAUCGAGGAUUUAGAUUGAAAUUUCAUCGGUUAUAUGGUGGUUGCUAUCGCGACGUGAACAACGAGUCAGGAAUAUUAACAUUGGCACCACAGGAGCGGGCCUAUGGCUAUGCAUCUUGCAGAUGGAAAAUAACGGUUCCGAAAGGCCAACGAAUAUCCUUUGAGUUUGAAAAAUUCGAGUCUCAAAGUGUGCCCAAUAAUACAGAUAGAUUUAUGAUGUUAAGUCCUCCUUUCCUAAGAACAACAAAAAUAUCAUUUUUCAAUGAUAUGACUAUGCUUUCAAAAAUUGUCGAAAUUGAUGCAAACAACGUAACUACGUCUGAGAAAAUAGUAUCCUCGGAUAACUUUAUGUAUGUUCGUAUCGAUAUUAACGGGUAUCUGAGGCCAAUACGAAAACUUCAGGCACGCUACAGCUCGAAUGAAGAAUCUCCUUGCCCUAAAGAUAUCAACGAGCAGUUUGCUGGAUCUGUGGAUACAAGCAACCUUCCAUCGAAUACAAAUUUCUUUUGCAGCUUAAAAUUUGGAUUAAACGGAUUUGAGACUAUAACAUUUCAUAUAAAGGAGCUUCAGAUUGCCAGAAAUAACUCAAUGAACUAUCCAUAUGCCAUCCGUUUCGUAGACGAAAGAUUAAUGAUGCCAUAUAAAACAAUAUUUAGGAAUAUAUCUGAUACAGUGGUAUCGUUUUCAUCCAGAGGUGGAAUGCUAUCUAUCCUGCAAAAUGAUGUAGUUAAGAUUAAACGAUUUUCUGCAAAUUUUUAUCGUCAUUCUUGUGGCGGCAGUUUUAAUAUAUUUGAUGAUUUCAAAAUAGUAUUUCCCCCAGACAAUUUUGUAUACAAUGGAGAUGGCAAUCCUGUUGAGUGUUCAUGGAUGAUCACAGGCGGUUCUGAAAGUCGACCUUAUAAACUUAUUGGAAAUUUCAGCUUUAUUAACGACUGCAAUGAAGAAUAUAUUGGCGUUUAUUCCUUUAUGUCGGCAGAUCAACCACAAAUAGCUAAAAUAUGUCACAAUUCAACAGAACUUCUAGCUGGUAUUGCCUUAAAACAACAUGUGACAACCAUAUUGUAUCAUUCGAGCGACUAUAAGGCUGGCUCAUCAUCAUUUCAGAUAAGGGCUGAAUCAUCUAUUGCUUGUGGCACGAAAACGAUGGUCAAAAGUAAUUCCCCAACAGUGUCUAUAAACUCUAAAAAUUAUCAAAAUAAUAUAGAAUGCAAUUUGGAAUUUGAAGCAGGUUCAGGACUUUACAUGUUUGUGGAAUUUACAGGGAGAUUUUUUAUUGAAAAAUCUAUAAACUGUACAAAAGAUUAUCUUCAAAUAUAUACCUAUGAAAGUGAUGUUUGGCAACCAAAAGAACGAUUUUGCGGCCGAGAUGUUCCCAGCAAGUAUAAUGCAACAUCAAAUCGCAUUAUGAUUGUAUUUCGUACUAACAACUCAACUACAGGAGAUGGAUUCACUUUUCGUGUAUCAGCACUCUGUUUGGCUACUUUUAACGUUACCGACCAGUUGCAAGUAGUACAAACUCCUGAUUUACGUAGCCUGCCGUACUCACGGUUUCAGUGCGGUUAUACAUUUGUAUCGAACUCUACAAAUGCAAUCAACUUGCAAAUCAAAGAAGGAUCUCCUACAUACGCUCGCCAUUCACACACUACAGGUUGGCCAUGUUCAUUGGGAACUUUCACAGUAUAUAAAAAGGAUUCCGAUGGAAAUGAAAUUAAAGCCGGCGAAUAUUGUGGUCCAAUUGAAGUAACGGAAAGCCGUUAUUUGCGUUUAACUAGUAACAUGCUCUAUGAUCACUUUUUGAUAGCAUAUCAACUGAAUACAUGCGGCGGAAAUAUCACCACUUACGCAAUCAUUCGUCCUCUAACAGCACUUAACAAAGAAGGCAACUCAUACGCAAAUAAUAUGAAUUGCGUUUGGAAUAUAAUAGCACCGACAGAUUACUCCAUAUUAGUACGUUUUAAAUAUUUCGAAAUAGAAACACACUACAAGUGUGAGUUUGAUUUUGUAGCAAUCAAUGCAGGCUCUGCUCCAAGACUUGACAAUGAAUUAGUAAAGCUCUGCGGGAAUUUAAGUGCGGACCCACCUUUGGUUCUAGUCGACGCUAAUCAGGCUGUUAUAACAGCAGUGUCUGAUGAUAGCAAUGCAGAAAAAGGUUUUAUGGCCGAAGUGAUCUUUGUCCGCAAUUGUAACGAGCGCAUCGCCUUGACCAACGAUGAUAGCAUUUCACAACCUCUUAUAAUGAUUAGGAAUUAUACAGUUAAUUCAUUCGAGGAAUUGCACUGCCAAAUUCGUGUCACCGCACCAGAAAGUUAUCGCGUCAAAAUGCAAAUUAGAAAUCUUGAUAUAAAUCCGGUUGAAUGUGUGCAUAAGAAGUGUGGACAGUGCAAUUACCUAGAGUUCAUCGAAGCUGCACAAAGAAUGGAUACAUCCAUUUCAAUGGGUAAAUUUUGCACAAAAGAUGAAGUUAAAAAGACGCUUGUAACUUCCAAUGAACAUGCAUUGAUACAAUUUAGUUUUAUUAAGAAGGGAAAUUACACACUCGAACUUGUUCUGGAAAUAGAAAGGUCUAUAUGUGGCGUUUCCAAUGAACUAGUGCUGCAGAGAGAUAAGAAUUUAACUAUCAGAUUUCCACCUAAUAAUGGUUCCACAUAUCUAUCUAAUACUCACUGCCAAUGGAGCAUAAAAUCAACGACCGAUUUUCAAAUUCAUUUUGAUUAUUUACUCUUACAGCCGGCAUCGCCUGAAACAGGCAAAUGCGUUGACUAUCUUCGAAUAAUUCAGGAUACGGAGGAAGAAGCUUAUUGUGGAAACGCAACAGGAUUUACCAAAUAUAUAACUGCCUCCAGGGAAAAUGAAAAUGAUUUUACCGAACUUACCUUUCACAGUGAUGAUUCCGUAGAAGAUAAAGGUUUUAAAAUCGAAAUUUCCAGUCAGCAACGUUGUAAUCGCACUUAUUCGAAACUCAGCGGACUUAUCGAUUUCGGAGCAAAUGGGGACUCCAAUCAAACCUGUUUCGAAAAUAUAGUUUUACCAGAUAAUUACACCAUUAACCUAUAUGUGCUCGUAAUGAAUUCACAUUAUAUGGAGAGAAAUUGUUCUACACCUAAUUUCCAGAUAAAUGACACCUCAGUUAGUAAAACUCUACGGACACGAUGCAUUUCCUAUUUUUAUGAUGAGCACCUUCAAACAAACUCGAGUGCACUUCGUAUAUUUAGCAGAAACUUUGAUACUUUAAAUAUAUUUUACUACGCCAGCAAAAAAUCGUCGGGCAUAGGUUGCGGAGGGGAGAUACAUACAAUGAGGGGUGAUAUUUCGAGCCCGUCUUAUGAGCAUCGAAACUUCUCCGAAUGUCGUUGGGAUGUAAAUGUUCCCGAACCAAAUCGCUUGGGACUGUAUUUUAGAACGUUCGACAUGGGUUCAAAGGUAAACUGUGACUUGGAUUAUGUAAAUAUCGUUGAAAUUUCGUCCAAUGGAGAAGAGAAAGUAGCGAAAAGUAUAUGCGCAAAUCAGUACAUGAAUGAGUUCGUUUCGAAAACAAGUAGAAUUGCGAUUAUUUCGAAAAAAUCGCCAAACUUUAAUGGAAAUGGAUGGACUUUAAACUUUCGAAAGCUAGCUGACUAGUUUGAGAUAUACCUAUUAUACAAUAUUAAUAAAUAAUUUUAAUAAAAUAUCUAUGUAAUUAUUACAACCUUUAAA